UCACAGGUACUCAGGCUAAAUUAAAUUAGUUGGUGUCAUUGUCUCUGGCUCUGUCUGGUCUCUUUCUUUCUCACAGAUCCUCUGUCAGAUCCUCUCAGGUCUCUCAGGUGUGACGGAACACGGAGCACUGAACGGAACACAGAAGGAGCUCCAGUAACAUCAGGAUUACCACCAUGUCUGCAGGGUUGGAGUUAGUGGGGAUUGCUCUAUGCGUAUUAGGAUGGAUCAUUGCCAUCGUGUCCUGUACCCUGCCCAUGUGGCGAGUAACGGCCUUCAUCGGCAGCAACAUCGUCACGGCUCAGAUCAUCUGGGAGGGCCUGUGGAUGACCUGUGUUGUCCAGAGCACAGGCCAGAUGCAGUGUAAGGUAUACGACUCCAUGCUGGCUCUCUCCCAGGACCUCCAGGCCGCCAGGGCCCUCACGGUCAUCUCCAUCCUCCUGGCCAUCCUGGCAGUGCUCAUCGCCAUCGCCGGUGCCAAGUGCACCAACUGCAUCGAGGACGAGGCAUCCAAAGCUAAAGUCAUGAUAAUCUCUGGGGUGUUCUUCAUUGUGUCAGGAGUCAUGCAGCUGAUCCCAGUGUCCUGGUCGGCCAACACUAUCAUCAGGGACUUUUACAACCCGCUGCUGACUGAUGCACAGCGCAGAGAGCUAGGGGCAGCGCUCUACAUUGGCUGGGGGGCCUCAGCCCUCAUGAUCCUCGGGGGAAGCCUCCUCUGCUACUCCUGUCCCCCUCGGGAGUACAACCCCUCACAGAUGGCAUACUCUGCCCCAGGUGGGCCCGGGUUCCAGAGAAAAGACUAUGUGUGAUGGGACGAUGGAUGGGACAAGGACUAUUUAUGUAACAGCCAAAAACGUUAUUCUACACCUGUUUCUAAUGGUGUGUCUAAGAAAGGGCUUCAUGAAUCCCAAGGAGACUCCGUGAUGAAGGGAUGUGUUUGUUUUGGCUUUUUUUUACCAUUGUUUUGUUGGAUUUGUCUAUGUGUGUACAUUAUUUGUCUCUGUAAUAUCUAUUCUGAAAGGAAAGCAUAGAAGUUCUGGCUGUGUAAGAAAAACAUUUUAGAAGGAUCAUGUACUUUCCAUUUGAGUUUAGUGAGAACAAAGGAAAUGAAGAAUAAGAUCAGUAGUUAUUAAAUGUAUGAAUUAUUAAAAAGUUUUAAGGGUUGGAUUAUUGGUGAGCUAUGCAUAUUCAUUGAAACUAUAUCAAGCUCAUUUAAAAACAUUCACAAGCCUCAUAUAAUUAUUUACAUAAUGUUUGUACUUUUAUGAAUAUUCCUCUCUAAGAUGUUAGUCAUUGAGUCCAUUAAUAUAUUAAAUCACUAACAUUUAAUUAUUUUCCUAGCUUCAGGCAACUACGCUACAUCAAAUGAUAUCUUGUAGAAUAUUCAAUCAUUAUCUUCUCAUUGACAUCUCUAUGUUAUUGGCUCUGAGGCAUUGCUUAGGCUUCAGAAACUAAGGAACACUGUUAAAAAGACAACAUUUGACUGAUGCUUUCACAAAAAGAUAGAGGUGGAAAGGUUUUUAUUUUACUGCAAGAAUACAGUAGAGUACAAAUCCAGUAUGUACACAUCGUUUUUUAAGGAACUAUGUUUCUUUUUAUGUAGGAUUUUUUUUAUGUUGGGAAAUGUUGUAUAUUUUUUCCCAGAUCAUUUGUGAGAGAGAUGCAUUUGUUUGAUGGUGAUGUUCUAUCAUCAGUGUUAAGGGUGUGAUUGUGUGAUGUACUCAUCUGUUUGGACCCCAGCAAGAGUAGUGGCUGCCUUGGCAACAGCUAAUUGGAAUCCAACUAAAAUACUAAAUACUACUAACAUACAGAGUACUGUAUCUGUACUGAAUGCUGUCACCUGAACUCCAGGCAGAUGACAGAUGUAUUAAACAGAGGGUGGAUAGCAGUGCACAGAGGGAAUGGGGAACAGGUUGGGAGCAGACAAACUGAAGGCCUCAGUGUUUUGGGGCAAUGAGGAGUAAUGGGGGCAUUGUGCACCUGUGUCCAGCCAGAACAGUGCUAAUGUUUGUGUUAGUCCUGCAGUGUUAACUGCACAUCACCUGUUUUUUAUUAAUAAAGAUAGUUGUUGUUU